AGAGGCGAACAAUUCGAGAUUCUUUCUGAUUAUAUGGCUCUGCGGUACUUUAUGACGACGAAGCGCCUUACCGCUAGACAAGCUAGGUGGUGCGAAUUGUACCGUCCAGGAAAGAAGAACACGCUGGCGGAUGCAUUAACUUGGAGGGAAAGCACUUCAGUUGACUGUAAGAAGAGAUGUAUGCAGCUCAUGUUGCCAAAGAAGUGCCUAGGGCCUUCGCCAGUAAAAGAUUUGUUAAGUGUGGUCGAAGAGGAAGAAGACAGGGAAGAUAAUAAUGAGCCUCCUAAUCAGGGGAGUGUUGAGCUAUCACCAAUGGACACUACCAUAGAUGUUAUUUCUAGAGUCAUCGCCGCGAACACAAGGAGCCCUGAAU